AAAAUAUUUUUUCCAAAAAAAGCAAUGUUUUUCUUUUCAAUACAUCAAAUAAUCUUAUUAUUUCUCUUUUAUAAAAAUCACUUCUUUUUCUCUUAUUUUCAUUUUUUAAAAACAACAUAAUUGCAAUAUAUGCCGUUAUUUCAUGCACCAAUACAAGAAAGAAGAUAUUUGGAGCCUAGUAGUUGGCAUAGAAAGUUUUGUGCUUGUAUGUCAUUAAGGGGUGGCUGUGCUUUUGCAUCUUUGAUAUGGCUAGGUGUAAAUACUUACAUUGCUACAUUAUCAUUUCUUGGAUAUACUCCUAUAUUUUCGUUUUUACAUAGACCAGCACUUAUUACACUUGGAAUUAUUUCAAUAGUAUUUAGUCUUAUAGCAGCCUAUAUUAUAUAUGGACUAUUUAAAAAUUCACCAGCUAAACUCCAGUCAGGCUUUAUUCUAUUAUUUCUAAUUGUAAUCAUAUAUUUAAUUGAUAUCCUGGUGAAUAUAUUCAUAUUUUGUGUUCAGAAAUCUUCAUAUAUUGAUUGGUGUCUAUCAAUGUCUCAACAGAAGAUUGAUGAGAAGAUUGAAGGGAAGGCCAUCAAUGGUACAAUAUAUCAAAUCGACGAUUUGCUUCCGUCUCUAAAUGUUUAUAAUUGUCAAAAAUUAUGGGAAAAUGAAAUAAAAUUUUCUAUUGCUGUUUUCAUGGUGAUGACCAUCUGUUAUGGAUAUUGGACACUUUGUGUAUUCUACUACUAUGGUAAACUACGUGAUUUAUUUUCCUAUCAAUCUUUUUUGUUUAAUGGUAAUAUCGCAAAUAAUCUGCAUGGUCCUAAUAAUCCUCUACCCCAGCAUAUGUUCAAAAAUAUAAAUUCUUCCAAAAAAUAAUAAAAUGUAUAUAUCUACUUUUAUAUAAAUAUAUAUAUAUAUAUAUAUAUAU